AUGGCUCCGUGGUUCUCGUCCCUCAUGAAGCGCUCACCCUCGAACAGCCCGCCGCACUCGAAGAUCCAGAAGAUGGCCCCCGGUCUGACCACCGACUCUAUCCGCUCCGAUACCAGCUUCGACCUCGUCUCGACGGCGUCCGGCGUCUCCUAUGCCUCGCACGACACCGACUACUCGACUUUCCUCAGCGACGUGGUAGUGGUGGGCGCGGGCCCAUCAGGCCUCAUACUAGCGGACAAUCUGGUGCGCUUCGGCAUCAAGACGCGCAUCAUCGACAACCGCGCCGACCAGACAUCCACCGGACGCGCUGAUGGCAUCCAGCCCAAGACGAUCGAGACGCUGCGCCAGAUGCGCAUGGCCGAGCCGUUGCUGCGCAAGGGCGUGAAGGUCUACGACAUCGCCUUCUGGAAGUCGACCGCCCAGCGCAGGCUGUACCGCACCGGCCGCGAGAUCCACUAUCCACCCGUCGUCGACCUGCUCGAUCCGUACAUUCUGCUGGUCCACCAGGGCAUGGUGGAGGGCAUCUUCAUAGACGACCUGAGGGAACGGGGCGUCGAGGUGCAGCGCAGCACCGCCUUCACCGACCUCGAGUACACCCCGCAGAAGGUCCGCCCUCUAACAGUCCGGUGCACGCAAGACGUCAAUCAAAUGCAGAAGACGUUUGGCACCCGCUACAUUGUGGGCUGUGACGGAGCGCGUUCGCAGGUGCGCAAGUCGAUUCCGAAUGCAACACCGGUCGGGGCGUCGUCGGAGGCUGUCUGGGCCGUGCUGGAUGGAGUGCUCGACACCGACUUCCCUGAUAUAUGGAGCAAGGUGGCCGUGCAUUCGGAUGAAUUUGGUUCGAUCUUGAUGAUCCCGCGCGAAAGGAACAUGACUCGUCUCUACAUUGAGCUCAAGCCCGGCUCGGAAGAGGCCACUAUGAAGGAACGCCACACCCAAGAGUUCGUGCAGAAGCGAGCUCAGCAGAUUAUGCACCCGUACAGGGUGGAGUGGAGAUCGGUCGAAUGGUUCGGACGUUAUCAGAUCGGCCAGAAGGUCGCCGCCAGGUUCACAGAUACCGACCGCAGGGUCUUUAUCGCGGGAGAUGCCAGUCACACGCACUCGCCCAAGGCCGCUCAGGGUAUGAACACGUCCAUGCACGACUCCUGGAACCUCGGGUGGAAGCUCAACUUUGCUGUCCGCGGGCUUGCAAAGCCUGCUCUUCUCGACACGUACGAACAGGAGCGGAAGAAGAUUGCACAGGACCUUAUCAACUUCGACUACGAGCAUGCUAAUGCAUUCGCUGCCGGCGACCCGGUCGCCCUCGCCGCCAAUUUCACCCAAAACGUUGCCUUCAUCUCUGGCUAUGGUGUCAGCUAUAGUCUGAACGUGCUGAAUGUACAGUCGAAGGGUUACCACCGUGGGUCCCUGACGCCGGGCUACUUGCUUCCUCCUGCCAAGGUCACUCGGUUUAUCGAUGCCAACCCUGUGGAUAUUCAGACAGACAUCCCCUCGCUCGGUCAGUUCCGCAUCUACUUCUUCACAAAGGACGUCCAUGCUUCCAUGCCCUUUUUGGACACUGUAUGCAGCGCUCACCAGUCCACCUCGUCCUACGUCGGUCGCAUAACAAUGGCUGGCAAUGCGUCUUACACUAUGCAACCCCCCUUGGCCGCCCCACAUGACCAGUUCGUGUGCCCGGAACGGUACACACCGGUCAGCGGAAUCUUUACCUAUGCUUUGGUCACGGACAUGGAUCGCAAUGACGUGGAGCUCGAGGAUCUCCCUCAAGUAUUCCGCGAUUCGCGAUGGACGUUCUACCUAGACGACGUUCCAGACAAGGACACGCGCAAGCAGAAGUGCAUGGAUAAGUGGCUCAAUGGCUUGUCGAACCACGAAGUCGUGGUCCUGAAUGUGCGUCCUGACGGCUACGUCGGGACUGUGCGGCGGUGGUCUGACGGCAGCCGAGAGAGCGGACAAAGCGCAGUGAGGUGGCUGGAUGCCUAUUAUGAGCAGUUUAUGCGCGACACAUGA